ACCAUGAAAGGAGACAAACAAAGGCUUACAGUGAGAGAAAGCGACACCAAAAGUGUGUUUUUAGAGAGAGAAACACUAUAAUUAACGCCAUUUUCACACAAACAUCAACCAAUUCGGAACCUAAACCAUCAUCAACCCUUGCGGUUUCCGAUCUGCGUCUUUGUAACCCAAUAUUCGCCUUUCUAGGGUUUUGUUUCCAGAUUUACCACCAUAUUGCUAUCACUGUUUGUUCAUGAACUCUGUGUUAUAUGGAGCAUCGAGGACCGAAUAUUCUCUGUUCUGAAGAUCUAUUGUAUAAGGAGCUAUGGAAGGCAUGUACAGGGCCGCUAGUGGAUGUUCCAAGAGACGGAGAGCGAGUUUUCUACUUUCCUCAAGGUCAUAUGGAACAGUUAGAGGCAUCAACGAAUCAGGAAUUAAGUCAGGCGAUUAGUCUCUUCAGCCUCAAAUCAAAGAUCCUUUGUCGUGUUGUUCAUACGCAGCUACUGGCUGAACAAGAUACGGAUGAGGUUUAUGCUCAAAUCACUUUACUUCCAGACGCAAAUCAAAGUGAUAGCGAUCCCACGAGUCCCGAAGAAUGCGUUGCAGAGCCUCCUAGACCAAACGUUUAUUCUUUUUGUAAAGUAUUGACAGCAUCGGAUACGAGCACGCAUGGCGGGUUUUCUGUGCUUCGGAAGCAUGCAAAUGAAUGCCUACCUCCCUUGGAUAUGACUCAACCGACACCUACUCAGGAGUUAGUAGCCAAAGAUCUUCAUGGAUUCGAGUGGCGUUUUAAGCAUAUCUUUAGAGGUCAACCCAGAAGGCAUUUGCUUACAACUGGAUGGAGUACUUUUGUUACUUGUAAGAAGUUAGUGGCUGGGGAUUCGUUUGUAUUUCUUAGGGGGGAAAACGGUGAAUUACGGGUAGGAGUCAGACGUUUUGCCCGUCAACAAGUCUCCAUGCCAUCUUCGGUAAUUUCUAGUCAGAACAUGCACCUUGGUGUGCUUGCAACUGCAUCACACGCUGUUGCGACCCAAACCCGUUUUGUUGUUUACUACAAACCGAGGACAAGUCAGUUCAUUAUAAGCUUAAACAAGUAUCUAGAAGCGGUAAACAAUAAGUUUACUGCCGGCAUGAGAUUUAAGAUGCCAUUUGAGGGCGAGGACUCUCCGGAAAGAAGAUUUACAGGGACGAUAGUUGGAGUUGAAGAUAUAUCUCCUCAGUGGGAAUCCUCUAAAUGGCGAUCGUUGAAGGUUCAAUGGGACGAACCUGCUUCUAUUACGAGACCAGAAAGGGUUUCUCCAUGGGAAAUCGAAACACUUGCAACUCCUGUUCCAACAUGUUCGGUUCAACCAGUGGCGCCGAAAACUAAAAGGCCUAGACCUUCUGUUGAAAUUCCAACACUUGUAACUCAUAUGAGUUGUACUCCUGAUGGACAAUCGAGUUGUUUUCAAGAUUCUUGGCAUUUAAGUCAAACUGAAAACGGUAACAGUGGCUGUCGUUUUACGACUCAAAUGGAGCCAAGCUGGCUAUCAUCUUCCACAGUCACAGCUUCUAGAAACAUGUUUAUUACCGAAACUGAAGAUCAAAAAGGUCUCUCCACCUGGUCAACUGACAUGAAGAAAUCUGAAAGUAUUUCAAGCUGUAGACUAUUUGGUUUUGACUUAAAGGUUCCUACCAUAAGUGAUCUUACACCCGAGAUAGAACCGUUAAUUCCGUCAAAUGUAUUUCAUGCGUUUGCUGAUGGAUAUGUGCCACAUGUAUCAUCCGUUUGGAAUUCAGACCAGAAGUCCGACCUCUCGAAAGAUUGCAAAGAUCAAGGGCAGUUGCAAGUGUCACCAAAAGAAGUACAAAGCAAACAAAGCACCUGUACACGUAGUCGGACCAAGGUUCAAAUGCAAGGGAUGGCAGUUGGUCGUGCGGUGGAUUUAACUGUACUAAAAGGGUAUGAUGAGCUUAUAGAUGAACUCGAAGAAAUGUUUGAGAUUAAGGGGGAGUUACGCCCUCGCAAUCAGUGGGAGAUUAUCUUUACUGACGAUGAAGGAGACAUGAUGCUCGUGGGUGAUGAUCCGUGGCAGGAGUUUUGUAUCAUGGUUAAACGGAUAUUAAUAUGCUCGAGUCAAGAUGUCAAGAAACUGAAAACUGGCAGCAAGUUUCCUCUUUCUUCUGUAGACAACGAAGUGUCGGGAUUUACUUUGGAAAGUAAUGAAAACUAAAUAUUGUUUGUUUUUAGGCGCCUCCCCUUUCGUCGGCUUCGUAGUUUGUUUUGAGAAAUAGGGUGCGACUAAUUUGGUGGUAGUUUCUGUGAUCUCACCUGCUUGAAGUAUUAGAAUUAGGGCAUGUUGAUAUUAGAGGUUUGUGUGUGGAGGUUUGAAUGUUGAUGGGGGAAUUAUGUCUAGUUUGUUUGUGAUUGUAAAUAUGCUGAAUUGCUUUUAUGGACUAUGUAGUUUGACAUUAAUGGAUGUAAAAUUUGCUAGCC